CAUUUUUUGCUACGAAACGCACUUGUGAAGUAUAUCAAACCAAACAACAUCUUCGUUACUAUCUUACCUUUAUUUAUUGUUGAAUUCAUUCAGUUUACCCGGAAAGGGCGAAUUUACCGACCCGUCGCCGUUUCCGAACCCUCGCCCAUAGAUGUAGUAGUUAUUAGAAUAAGAUUACUAAUAUAUUUAUGAUGAAUGGUGAGGGGACUAGUAAAGUUUUGCCAUUGAAUGUUCCUAAUAACCUUGAUCAUCAUGAGUUGUUAUUAGUCGAUAAAGUUAAUGAUGAGGGGUCGUCGGUUUCAUCUCGUUACUCGUCUUGUGGAGAAUCAGAGUUUGAUAGAUAUUGUAGUGCUAAUUCUGUAAUGGGUACACCUAGUUUAUGUGGUUCUGUUGGUACAUUUCAAGAUUUUCCUGAUUCGGAUAUUGGGUCGGUGAAAAGUUCGAGACUUGGGGAUGUGGGUGGUUUGGAGAGUUUUAGUUUAGGUGGGAAGUUUGAGAGAAGUAAUAAUUUGUUAGGUUUGGGGAGGUUAGGUGAGUAUAGUAAGAGAAACGGGGAAAGAUCGGAACAAGGGUUGGCGGUGGUUGAUGGAAAUGAGAUGAACUUGUAUGAUGAAAUGGAUACGUCGUUUUCUGAUUUUCCGGAUGGAGGGGGUGUGGUUAUGUGGAAAGCUGAAAGUGAUUCAAAAAGAAUGGAAAGUUGUUCGAGUAAUGACUUUUUUGUAAAGAAUAAACGUGGGGAAAAAAUGGAGGAGGUCAAUGUGGUAAAUGUAGGUGUGGAAGAAAGUACUGAGGCUCGUAUGGGGGAAAGUAAUGUUUUUGAAGGUGGAAGACAGUUUGAUGAAUGUUCUGAAGAGGAAACGUUAUCUCGGUUAGAGCAUUCAGAGUCUGAAGGUUCGAUGUAUGGAUAUGGUACAGAUGGUGAGGAACUGAAUGGUUUGCCUUUUAGAGGUUACAGGAAUUAUUUACCGGAUAAGAAAAAGAUAAAAGAAGAAACUUUACUUAUGAAUUCAUCAGUAGCUUAUGGUUCAGAUGAUUGGGAUGAUUACAUGCAAGAACCCAUUGCAAACCCUCAAGAUUUAUUUGUCGUUAAUGAAAUUCAAGGACACGACCAAAAGGAAAUCGGAAGUGAAGAAGAAGCCUUGAAAAGUAUGUCACAUGUGGAAGAAAAUGUUAACCACUUCACUAUGAGCAGUCAGGCCGAUGUUUCUAACACUCAAUCUAUAAGCCAUAUUGAUCAUCUGAGACAUGAAGAGGAAGAACAAGAACAGCUUAUGAAAGAUAUGUGUGUCAUUGCCAAACAAGCAGAAAACUUAAAUCAAUUCAAGAUGGAGGAAGUUUCCCAAGUGGAGGCGGCCCCAUUGAUGUUAACAAUUUCAGAUGAAACUACGAACAAUCUUACAGUUAGUCAUGUUCAGUCAACCUCCACACAAGAUACUGAAAUUUCAGAUGAAACUACGAACAAUCUUACAGUUAGUCAUGUUCAGUCAACUUCCACACAAGAUACUGAAGACUAUGUAGCUGAAAUGCCCAAAGACUACCAGAGCUAUUUACUGCAGUCAUUGCCAACUAUUAAAGUAGAUAAAAGACAAAGUUUUACCCAUGUCUCGUUAAAUGUUCCUGAAGAUGUUCAUAUGGAAAUUAAGGCAGAAAACUAUGAACUAAAUGAAUUCUAUGAUGAAGUUGUUUUCGAUAUGGAAGAGAUACUACUUGACUCUGGUGAGUCUCCUGCUGCUAGGUUUACCCGUAAUAGAAAACAUAACCAUUCCCAUGUUUCUCUCCCCUCAAGAGACGGUGGCUCUACUGCUUCAACUUCUAGUAUCGAAAAUUCUCUCUCAGUUGUCCAAAAUCCUUACAAAAUUGAUGGCAUUGAAGUAAUUGGUGCAAAACAGAUGAAGGGGGACGUCUCAUUGGGUGAAAGAUUGGUGGGGGUGAAGGAAUACACUGUUUACAAGCUAAGGGUAUGGAGUGGGACCCAUCAGUGGGAGGUCGAGAGGCGAUACCGUGAUUUCUUUACUCUUUAUCGUCGUUUAAAAACGUCGUUUGCUAAUAAAGGUUGGGAUCUUCCUUCUCCUUGGUCAACGGUUGAGCGAGAGUCCAGAAAGUAUUUUGGUAAUUCAUCUCCAGAUGUCGUUUCAGAAAGAAGUGUUCUUAUUCAAGAAUGUUUGCAAUCUAUUUUGCAAUCCAAGUUCUCUUCCAGCCUCCCUAAUACUGUAUUAUGGUUUCUAUCCCCACCGAAGAAUGGGCCAAAUUUCCCUGUUUUUGACACACAUAUUUCUUCGUCACAAAUUGGAAGCAAACCUGUAUACUCGUUGGGGCAGUCAAUAUCACUUAUUGUUGAAGUUAGGCCUCAUAAAUCAAUGAGACAAAUGUUAGAAGGACAACACUAUACUUGUGCAGGUUGUCAUAAAUAUUUUGAUGAGGGAAAAACUCGUUUGCUGGAGUUUGUACAGACACUUGGGUGGGGCAAGCCACGUGUUUGUGAAUAUAGUGGUCAGGUUUUUUGUUCAUCUUGUCAUAUAAAUGAAACUGCAAUCUUGCCUGCUAGAGUUUUGCAUUGGUGGGAUUUUACAGAGUACCCAGUGUCGCAGCUGGCUAAAUCGUAUCUGGAUUCUAUACAUGACAAGCCAAUGCUCUGUGUAAGUGCUUUGAACCCUUUUCUGUUCGCCAAGGUUCCACCUUUGCAACACGUUAUUAAUGUCAGGAAAAGGAUCGGGCGAAUGCUUCCAUAUGUUCGUUGCCCAUUUCGUCGGUCCAUAUACAAAGGAGUUGGGUCCAGGAGAUAUCUUCUUGAAAGCAGUGACUUCUUUGCUCUAAAAGAUCUUGUUGAUCUUUCCAAAGGAGUAUUUGCAGCUUUGCCUGUGAUGGUAGAAACAAUUUCCAAGAAAAUUGUGCAUCAUAUUACCGACGAAUGUUUAAUCUGCUAUGAUGUGGGCGUACCUUGUGGUGCUCGGCAAGCAUGUGAUGAUCCAGCUUCUCUCAUCUUCCCUUUUCAGGAAGGUGAGGUUCAAAGAUGUAAAUCUUGUGAACUGGUUUACCACAAGGGGUGCUUAAAAAAGAUGGCUGCUUGCCCGUGCGGUGUGGAUCUUAGGCCAAUAUCCACGAGAAACCCGAAUGUGAACACGAAUGAAGUACAUGUUAGUCCAAACAACUUGGUUCAGGAUACAGAGUCAAAGUCUUCAGUGGGAUUUAUCUCUGGGCUGCUGUUAAAAGCUAGUCCUGCAAAGUUCUGGAGGACCAAAGACAAUGAUACCGUAAUCCCUAUGGGUUCUUUACCAAGUUCUUCACUGUGAUCUUUUUGUAUUUGUGAAAUUCUGUAAAAUUAUAUGAUAAAGUUAAAGGUAGAUUUAAAUGAAUAUGGACGACUUAUUUGGGAUAUUUUUAUACAUUCUUUGUAACGAUUUGUCUAUAAAUGUUGGAAAAUGAUUAAAGUCUUUUUGGUCGCUCAUUUCGACCUAUUGACGUUAA